UGUAGUCAUAAUUUUAAAAACCAGAAAAGAAAAGAAACUUUUUAUAAAAGUAAAGAUGCUAUUUAAGUUGCAGAUUUUUGCAAUGUUUUGGGGAGCUUAUGGCUAUCAGCUCAUUCCCAGGAUUGAAGAGUGUGGACUGACAUGUUCUCAGGGAUUUCUUUGCAGAACACAAACUUCUAGUGGGAUUCUUAGCAGCUUCUGCCAUCCUGCUUCUGCCUCUCUCUCUCCUACCACCCUGAGAAGCAUGAAACUAUGGACCACCAUGAAGUGUGCAGGACAAAGGGAAUGCUCUCUUUUCUUGAGUGUUAAGGGGACACUACAUCUUGAGGAAAAUAUCCGUGGCUUGGAAAUUUGCUAUCUCUCAAUGGAAACGCAGAACUCUCAGUGUGUAAGAGUGAAGAUCUCAAAGGACAUAAAUGUAAAAUCUGCUGUAAGGAAGGUGAAAGUGCAGUUUAACUGCUUUGAAGUCAGUGCAGGACAACAUCUCCAUGUGACCAUGAGGACAAUUCCAAAUUACUGCGGAGUUAAAAAGGAUCAAGAAUAUUAUGUUGAAGAUUGCAGAAACAGUGAUGUGGAGGAAAAUAUUCCAGUCUGUUUUGUUUCGGGCAUCAGAAUCGUUUAUGAUGUGGACAGAGCAAGAAAAACCAUUUUGGUGGAUAUUUCAGAGGCUGUUCAAGGCACAGAUUAUUACGUUCGUCUUUGCCACCAGUGGUUUCUUUGUGAAGAUGUGGGUCCAGUCGCCUUGGUACAAGGGAAGGACUUGGUGAAACCGGUCUCUUUACAGUACACUCAGAUGUUGCCUUGUCUAUGUAUCGAGGCAUGGCCAGCGACCCCCGACGCACAGAGAACCCAGUUGUGCCCAUUUAAAAAUGAUACCAAGGCCCUGUGGGACAACGUUAUUUAUCAUCCCAACACAAAAACACUGGAAUGGGAAGCAGCCUGCCCUGUCCAUGUUACUGUCAGCCUUUGUCAGCUCAUGAAGACCAAUGAUCAGUGCGUUGAUCUAGAGAACACGGCAAAUAUCGCUGCAGAGAAAGUAAAAUAUUCUCGAGUUGAUGCACAGCCAAACCUUUGCAUGAAGUUUGCAACUAAACACGGUUCUUGGGUUCGAUGCCCAUUUGCUCGCGGAAAUCCCCAAGCUUGGGAAAUGAAUCUUGCUGUGAUGGACAAUAGGAUAGAAGUUUCCUUCAUGUCACAAGCUGCCGAGGCAAAAUUUUCCGUUCAUGUAUGCAACAAGACAGAGGCGUCUUUAUGCAACUCUACUGGAAUCCACCAGCCCAUCUCAGUGGCUGGCUUGAGUUCAACGUAUGUCAACAUCUCAGGCAAAACAUGUGGAUCAGACAUCUGCAUUCAGGGACGGAGGACAGAUGUAGACUAUUCUAUUCCUUCACACAUCUGUGAUUUGCCCUGUAUUUCUGCUACUCGGAGUCAGGAACGUGACGAAAAUUCCUUAAGCAUCCUGUCUCUAAUAGCAUUGCUUGUGUUGACUGUGACCAUGAUGGGCCUCCUGGGACAUAAACUUUUAUCAGUUUUUCACAAGGAGAGUCACAAAGAGAAAAGCACAUCACAAACAAAAAUGCAGAGUAUGAAGAGCACCUGUUCUCUGCAUUUAUGAAGAAAAGCAAUCAAUUCAGAGGAACAAUUUCAACGGCCUUCUCAAUAACUGUGUUACGUCUCUUGGGCCGAGUUGCUCUUACUUUGGUGAAUAGUUGCCACAUGCCAGUAAUUCUCAUUGAUUUCAAGGACUAUUCACGAGGUCAAGUUUUUUGAGGGCAAGCCUUUACUUACAAAGCGGCCUGGAGGAAGAGAGAAGAGUGAAAAUAUUCUGCAGUCAGUUUCGAUCUCCUUCGGAAUCGGCGGAUGUGCUCAUUAGAUGUUGCAGUACGUGCUGUGGGAGCUGCUUUGCCAUAGAUUCACCCCACAGCGUUCUUGCAAACAUUCAAAGGUCCACAGCCACCAGGGUAUGGACCUGGGCAGCUUGGAUCUUUCCUACAGAAUCAUCGCCCUCCCUCUUGGUAGGUUGGUAGUUCCACGAACUUCUGAUGGGCUUUUAAACAUUUGUGGCAGCUUUGUGGGAUAAGCCAAUGGAAAAGUGUUUCCACGGUGCUUCUGUCACGCGUGAGGGACACAAAAAGAAAUUCCCCUGUGCACAGAUGGUGUACUAAGGCCCCAUCUGCACUUUAAAACAGUCACAUACCACUUUAAACCUGGUGAACUAUAGUUUGUAAAGAAUUGUACUCUGGGAAGGGAAGAGGAGUUUUCCUACAAUGCCCAGCCCUCUUAACAAACUACAGUUCCCAUGAUACUGUUCUUGGCUGUUUAAAAUGAUGUGAUAUUACCUUAAAUGUCUUCCUCUUUGGCGAUCAUUUGCAGCCAAGUAUUUCCAUGAACAUGGUCUUAACAGUGAGUCUGUAAGUGACCUUGGAGGCCAAUUCUGGAUCCACACAGUGGAGACAUAGGUUUCUGGGUGGGAGUUGAUCACGGCGAGGGUUUGCCAAGUGUGCCUUCCUCUUAGCACAUUUCUCUCUUUUGUCUGGAGUUCGAGUGUCUU